AUGCUUGUCCAACAGAUCCAAGGCCAACUGGCCGCCGUGGCAGCCGUGGCCGCUGGGUGGUUCACAUUCCUUCAAGCGCGGCCAUUGGAGGUGCUGUUCGGUGGUAUGGUGGUGCUGGCUGUUUGUCGACUUCUUCUCACCGUCCGAACCCGGUUCUUCCAUCUCUCGUCCAUUCCCGGCCCGUGGUGGGCGGCAUAUACGCGGCUAUGGCUUUGCAAGACCAUUGCGUCGGGCGACUCGGCCAAGAUCUUUACGGAUAUCAACAAGAGAUAUGGCCCCCUUGCCCGUAUAGGACCCAACCAUCUGAUCACCGACGACCCCGACGUGACCAGACGUAUCCUGGCGGCCCGGUCUCACUAUACGCGUGGGCCGUGGUUUGAUGCCAUCAAGAUCGACCCGCACGUUCCCAACAUUGUAUCGGAGCGACAUACCGGCAAGCACAAUCAUCUCCGGCACCGCAUGUCGGCAGGGUACACGGGCAAAGAAAUCCAGGGCACCGAGGAGAUCAUCGACGAACGCAUCCUCGACUUCUGCCAAAAGAUCAACCAGCGAUGGUGUUCGGACGCGGCAGAAACCCGAGCCUUCGACAUUGGCCGGCGUAUCCAGUACCUCGCGGUCGACUCGAUCACGCACCUGUGCUUCGGGGCCCCGCUGGGCUUCAUGGACCAAGACCGGGACGUGCAUGACUUCCUCUACACCAUCGAGAGCCAGCUGCCGAUCGUGCAGCACUUUUCCGUCAUCACCGAGAUCAACACCCUGUUGGAGCGGCUCACCCGCAUUCCCUGGUUCAGAUCUCUCCUGCUUCCGUCGGCGGCCGACCAAAUCGGCAUCGGCCGCAUCAUGGGGAUCUCGAAGAAGGUGGUGGACGAGCGCUUCCUGCCGACUUCGCCGCCGCGCAACGACAUGUUGGGUUCGUUUAUCAGACACGGGCUGAAUGCGAAGGAAGCCGAAGCGGAAAUCUCGAUAUCUCUAGUCGCAGGUUCCGACACCACAGCCACGUCGAUGCGAGCCACCCUCCUAGCCAUCAUCACCCACCCCGUGGUCUACGCCAAACUCCAAGCCGAGAUCGACGCCAACAUCCGCGCCGGCCGCAUCUCCAGCCCGAUCCGCGACCAAGAAGCCCGCGACCUGCCGUACCUCCAGGCCUGCAUCGCCGAAGGGCUCCGACGCUUUCCUCCCAUCACGCAGCUGCGCGAACGCGAGGUGCCUCCGGAGGGCGACGUGAUCCACGGCCACGCCAUCCCCGGCGGCACCUUCAUCGGCCUGAACGCCUGGGGAUUGCAGCUGGACCCGGUGUACGGCGACGACGCCGACGUGUUCCGUCCCGAACGCUGGCUCGAGGCCGAGGCUGACCCGGACCGUCUGCGUCGCAUGCACGACGUGCACGAGUUGAUCUUUGGCUAUGGCAAUACGCGGUGUUUGGGCAUUCGUAUUGCCACCAUGAAUCUGAACAAGAUUUUUGUCGAGCUUCUCCGUCGAUUCGACAUCUCCGUAUUACGACCACACCGACCAUGGCGGAGUAUUUGCUAUGGUAUUUUCUUCCAGAAGGACUUUGAGGUCAGGGUAUCGAAGAGGCAGGGACAGGUGAAAUGA